AUGAACUCGAAUAAUUUGUUCGCGGCGCUGGACGAGAAGGUGCUCCGCAAACAUGAGAAGGCCAAGACCAAGGCAGAGGAGGCCGCACAAGCCGUCGAGGCGGACCAGGCGCGCGAGGCCGCGAUGAGCCAUGCGGAGCUCGAGGCCGCGAUGUUCGGCGGCGGCGGAUUCGGGGCUUCGAACUGGGCGGACGAGCUCGACGACCACCACGGCGGCGCCAGGCAGUGGGCGGAGGCCGCUCCGGACGCGCGCGCCGCGUCGGAGUCGGAGGAGGAGUCGGAGAUCGACGAGCACGAGGAGGAGUCGGACCACGCCGAGCCGGAGCCAGAACCUGCACCACCAGCGCCACAGGCGCAGCAGGGGAAGAACCCGCCGAAGCAGUUGAGCAAGAAGGAGCAGAAGAAGAAGGAGAUGGACGACCUUGAGGCCGCGCUGGCCGAGCUCGGCAUACCGGCGCCAGACCAGCAGCAGGCCGGCAACGGCGCGGCGGAGGGGCAGCCCGGCGACGGCGGGAAGAAGAAGAAGAAGAAGAACAAGGGCAAGGGCCAGGGGGGCAGCGACAGCGCGGCAGACACCCCGACGGCGACGUCGGCGACGGAGGCGUCGGCUCCGGAGCCCGCUGCGGCGAUCGAUCCGGCCAAGGCCAAGGCGAAGCUCGCUGCGGAGGCCAAGAAGAAGAUGGCGGCGCGCAAGAGCAGCGCGGCAGCGGCGGCCAAGGCGGCAGCGGAGGCCGCGAGUCGGAAGAAGGGGAAGCGGGACAAGAGCCAGUUCAACCAGGCGCCGGCGUGGUAG